GUGCUCACCCCUUCCAACGCCAACCACCCCCCAAGAAACCGGAAAGCGAACGGCAUGGCGACCCCCCGCAGCGCAGCACGCCACGCUCCCUCCUCUCCCUCUCGCAGGCCAUGACGCGCCACCGUCCUUGGCCUCCUUCCCAUCCUCCUCCUCCUCAUCCUCUUCCUCUUCGGGUAGUGGCAGCGGCACCACAAGCAACCGGCAGCGGCGCCGGGAAGAAGAUGGCGAGGCUCUCCCCGGGGGCGGCGGCGCCGCAGGUGGACACGGGCAAGUACGUCCGCUACACGCCGGAGCAGGUGGAGGCGCUGGAGCGCGUCUACAACGAGUGCCCCAAGCCCAGCUCCCUCCGCCGCCAGCAGAUCAUCCGGGACUGCCCCAUCCUCUGCAACAUCGAGCCCAAGCAGAUCAAGGUCUGGUUCCAGAACCGAAGGUGCCGGGAGAAGCAGCGCAAGGAGUCCUCCCGCAUGCAGACGGUGAACCGGAAGCUGACCGCGAUGAACAAGCUGCUGAUGGAGGAGAAUGACCGGCUGCAGAAGCAGGUGUCGCGUCUCGUCUACGAGAACGCGUCGGUCAAGAGCCUCAAGACUAAGAUCCACAAGGCUUCUGCGGCCACCACGGACACGAGCUGCGAGUCUGUGGUGACGAGUGGUCAGCAGCAAGCCCUAGCAGCCCCGCGUCCGCAGAGGGAUGCGAACAACCCAGCUGGUCUUCUCGCAAUCGGUGAGGAGACCUUGACAGCGUUCCUGUCCAAGGCGACCGGAACCGCUGUCGAAUGGGUGCAAAUGAUGGGAAUGAAGCCUGGUCCGGAUUCCAUUGGAAUCAUCGCUGUUUCGCACAAUUGUAUUGGCGUAGCAGCCCGAGCUUGCGGUCUUGUGAGCCUUGAGCCCACAAAGGUUGCCGAGAUCCUCAAGGAUCGUCCAUCUUGGUAUCGCGACUGUCGUUGCGUUGAUAUCCUCCAUGUUUUCCCUACGGGUAAUGGUGGAACUAUCGAGUUAAUCUACAUGCAGACUUAUGCACCGACGACUUUGGCGGCACCACGCGACUUCUGGACACUCCGCUACACCUGCGGACUUGAUGAUGGCAGCCUUGUGAUCUGUGAAAGGUCAUUGACUCAGUCCACGGGUGGUCCAUCUGGGCCUAACACUCCUGGUUUUAUCAGAGCCGAGGUGCUCCCUAGUGGUUAUCUGAUUCGACCAUGCGAGGGAGGCGGCUCCAUGAUCCACAUUGUGGAUCAUGUUGAUUUGGAUGCUUGGAGUGUGCCUGAAGUCCUUAGACCGCUCUAUGAAUCUCCGAAGAUCGUUGCACAGAAAAUGACUAUUGCGGCACUGCGACACAUCAGGCAAAUCGCGCAUGAAUCAAGUGGUGAAAUCCCCUAUGGUGCUGGGCGCCAGCCUGCAGUUCUCAGAACCUUCAGUCAAAGGCUCAGCAGAGGCUUCAACGAUGCUGUGAGUGGAUUUCCAGAUGAUGGUUGGUCUUUGUUGACGAGUGAUGGUGCUGAGGAUAUUACCAUUACAGUAAACUCAUCGCCAAACAAGCUUGUCGGGUCCCACAUAAGCCCUUCCCCGCUCUUUUCUGCUAUCGGAGGUGGCAUUUUGUGUGCAAAGGCAUCAAUGCUAGUGCAGGAUGUCCCUCCUGCUUUGCUUGUGCGAUUUCUGAGGGAGCAUCGCUCGGAAUGGGCCGAUCCUGGUGUUGAUGCUUAUUCUGCUGCCUCUUUGAGGGCCAGCCCAUAUGCAGUUCCAGGUUUAAGAGCUGGUGGGUUCAUGGGAAAUCAGGUUAUACUGCCACUUGCGCACACCUUGGAGCAUGAAGAGUUCCUUGAGGUCCUUAGGCUGGAAGGACAUGGUUUUAGCCAUGAGGAGGUGCUUCUUGCGCGAGAUAUGUACCUUCUGCAGCUUUGCAGCGGUGUUGAUGAGAAUGCUUCAGGCGCUUGCGCGCAGCUUGUCUUUGCACCUAUCGAUGAAUCUUUUGCUGAUGAUGCGCCGCUGCUACCCUCAGGCUUCCGUGUGAUACCACUUGACACAAAGACGGAUGUGCCAUCUGCCACACGCACACUCGACCUUGCGUCUGCCCUGGAGGUUGGAUCUGGUGGAGCUUUGCGUGGUUCAGGUGACUCCCCUGGUGGAUGCAGCACGAGAUCGGUCCUGACCAUCGCCUUCCAGUUCUCAUUCGAGAACCACCUCCGUGAAAGCGUGGCAGCAAUGGCGAGGCAGUAUGUGAGGGCUGUGAUGGCGUCCGUGCAGAGGGUGGCCAUGGCGAUAGCUCCUUCUCGCCUCGGCUCACAGAUCCAACUGAAGCACCCUCCAGGCUCUCCUGAGGCGCUUACACUUGCUAGCUGGAUUGGCAGGAGCUACAGGGCUCACACUGGAGAAGAGAUCCGUUGGUCGGACACUGAAGAAGCCGAUUCUCCCCUGAAGCUUCUGUGGAACCACAGCGACGCCAUACUCUGCUGCUCUCUGAAGCCUGCUCCGAUGUUCACCUUUGGCAACAACGCGGCCCUGGACAUGCUGGAGACGACGCUGGUGAACCUGCAGGACAUCUCGCUGGAGGCGAUCCUGGACGACGAGGGGCGCAAGGCGCUGUGCGCCGAGUUCUCCAAGGUCAUGCAGCAGGGCUCUGCGUACCUCCCUGGUGGCGUGUGCAAGUCGAGCAUGGGGCGGCAGGCGUCGUACGAGCAGGCGGUGGCGUGGAAGGUGGUGGGCGACGACGUGGCGGGCGCCCCGCACUGCCUCGCCUUCAUGUUCGUCAACUGGACCUUCCUGUGACCACCAUCUAUCUAUCUGCUGCUUGAGCAAAAGACCUUCCUGUCGCCCGUCCUGUUACCCAUCCUAGCUAUGGUAUGUUGGUUUGCAUCUUUGUUGAGAACCUGAUAUGUUUGUUGCCGUGAACCGAAACAUAGUUGGCAUUCCUUCCUGUGUUAUCGACAAGAAGACCUAUGUAUGUGUGUAACUGUCAGUGUGAUGAACCGAACAGUGGCUUGCGGUUCCUGUA